GUGUGGAAGUUUGCUUCACCAACCUAGCUAGUUGUGGGCUAGGAUUACUUUGUUGAAAUCAUGCAAGAUUGCAUGUUGAGCCAUUUAAUGAACAAAGAAAAUCAUGGACGGGUAGUAAUGAGGCAAAGAAAAAUGGUGCAUGGGUGGUUGGAUUUUUCACUAUAAAUACCCAUGCAUACAAAGACAAUGGGCAAGCAAGAGUAAGAGAAAGCAAGAGAAAUUGAGGGAGAGCUCUUGUGAGAGAAAAGAAAGAGAGAAAUUGUGAGAAAUCCUUGUGUAGAUUAAGAGAGAGUAUUAGGGAGAAUUUGGGAGUUUCUAUAGAUUGAAGCUAGGAGUUGAGAGCUUCUUAAGUGAGAGAACUUCCAAAUUAUUGUACUCUUUUUCUUAAUAGUGGAUUUAUUUCUCUCUUUCCCGUGGACGUAGACUUGUUGAGAGGUGAAUAAGUCGAACCACGUUAAAUUAUUGUCUCAAUUUCUUUAUUGCUUCCGUUUGUGUGGGAUUGUGGUGCUCGAAAUUCCCAACAAGUGGUAUCAGAGCUAUUGGUAGAGCUCCUAGUGUUGUGGCGAAAUGCAAACUGAAGCCAUGAAGUAUUCAAUUGAGCUAUUUGAUGGCAAGAAUGACUUUGCUCUAUGGCAAAGCACUAUGAAGGAUGUCCUUACUUGUCAAGGACUUGAUGCAGCUUUAGAAGAGACCAAGCCAGUUGAGGUGAGGGAUAGUGAUUGGAGUACUAUCCAAAAGAAGGCAGCAAGUCAAAUUCGGCUGGCGCUUGCACCGGAGGUGAAAUACAAUGUCCUUUUAGAGACUACUCCAAUAGGCAUGUGGAGAAAGCUUGAAGAGAUAUAUGCUUCAAAAUCUUUAACCAAUCGAUUGUGUUUAAAGAUGGAGCUAUAUCAAUUGAAGAUGGCAGAAGGCACAAAUAUUCAUAAGCACUCAUCUGAUUUCAACAUGAUGGUGACACAAGUAGUGAAUGCCGGGGAUGUUCUAGAAGAAGAGGAAAAAGCUUUGCUUUUACUUGCAUCCUUGCCAAAGUCUUACAAGUCCCUAGUGCAGAGCAUGCUAGUGGGUAAGACUACUUUGGUGAUGAAAGAUGUCACAUCCAUGUUGUUGGAGAAUGAUAAGUUUCUUGGGGAGGAUGAUGGUGCCAAUCAAACUAAUGCUUUGGUGAUGGAGCACUCUCAGGGAAGAUCCAAUGGACGUGGAGGUGGAGGAAAUCGAGAAAGGUCGAAAUCCAGACCUAAGAAGGAUUAUGGUGAAGUGCAGUGUUUUUAUUGUGGUGAGUUGGGUCACAAACAAUAUAAAUGCCCAAAGUUUAAGGAGGACUUUUCUAAUAUGAAAAUAUUGAUGAAAAGUCAAGAAACCAAGGGCAAGGGGGAGGCUAAUAUUGUUGAAGAAAAUGUGGUUGAAAUAUUAGCUUGUGAAGAGUGUGAUCCUGAGGUGGAGCAAAACAAUCAAAGAUGGAUUUUGGACUCCGCUGCAACCAUGCAUGUGUGCAAUAAUCCUUCGGAAUUAUGUGCUUGUAGUUAAGUCAUUGCCAAGCAUACAAAAUUUCCUAUUGUAAUUUAAUUUCUAUUUAGUUUGUUUACAAGGGUUCGAAUAUACCACAUACUCCCAU